AGAGAGAGGAGGAAUGAAAGGAGGAGAGAGAGCUGAAGACAAAGCGAGAGAAAGUGAAGGAAAGCGGUAAGCUCGCAUUGGAAGCGGACAAUCUUGAAAGGGCCGCUCUUUCUCCUUCUCCCACCAAUCUUCUCUCGACCUCCGUUAAAACACAGAGAAAACUCUCUCUGGUGUACAUGUUGAAUUAACUAACAGGGAAAAUAAAAGAAAAUGGCGGGGAACGAGUGGAUAAAUGGGUACUUGGAAGCCAUUCUGGACAGCGGAGCAUCGGCCAUAGAAGAACAGAAGCCGGCGCCGGUGAAUCUGAGGGAAGGCGGCCAUUUCAAUCCCACUAAGUAUUUCGUUGAGGAGGUGGUGACAGGGGUUGACGAGACUGAUCUCCAUAGAACAUGGAUUAAGGUGGUUGCUACUCGGAACUCCCGCGAGCGCAGCUCUCGCCUCGAGAACAUGUGCUGGCGCAUAUGGCAUCUCACCCGCAAGAAGAAGCAGUUGGAGUGGGAAGAGUCACAAAGGUUGUCGGAUCGGAGACGGGAAUGGGAGCAAGGGCGUCGAGAUGCAACGGAAGAUAUGUCCGAAGACCUCUCCGAAGGCGAGAAGGGGGAUGGCGUUGGGGAAAUAGUACAAUCUGAGACCCCAAGAAAGAGGUUGCAGCGCAAUUUUUCCAAUGUGGAAGUAUGGUCUGAUGACAAGAAAGAAAAGAAGCUUUACAUCGUUCUCAUCAGUUUGCAUGGUCUGGUCCGGGGCGAAAAUAUGGAACUAGGUCGGGACUCGGACACUGGUGGACAGGUAAAAUAUGUAGUAGAGCUUGCUCGAGCACUUGCGAGAAUGCCUGGAGUGUAUAGAGUAGUUUUCACUCGUCAAAUCUGCUCACCUGAAGUUGAUUGGAGCUAUGGUGAGCCUACCGAGAUGUUAAGUGCAGGACCUGAAGAUGCAGAUGGCAAUGAAGUUGGGGAAAGCAGUGGGGCAUAUAUUAUUAGGAUUCCUUUCGGACCACGCGAUAAAUAUCUACGAAAAGAGCUACUUUGGCCUUACAUUCAAGAAUUUGUUGAUGGAGCUCUAGCUCACAUCCUUAACAUGUCAAAAGUUUUGGGUGAACAAAUUGGUAAAGGGCAGCCGGUAUGGCCUUAUGUUAUUCAUGGUCAUUAUGCUGAUGCAGGGGACAGUGCAGCUCUUCUAUCUGGUGCUUUAAAUGUACCAAUGGUUUUAACUGGACAUUCACUAGGGAGAAACAAGCUUGAGCAGCUUCUUAAGCAGGGACGACAGUCGAAGGAGGACAUCAAUUCGACAUAUAAGAUUAUGCGGAGGAUUGAAGCAGAAGAGCUUUCUCUGGAUGCUGCAGAACUUGUUAUCACUAGUACCAGACAGGAGAUAGAAGAACAGUGGGGACUUUAUGAUGGAUUUGAUGUCAAGCUUGAGAAAGUUUUACGAGCUCGUUCAAGACGUGGGGUUAAUUGCCAUGGCCGUUACAUGCCAAGGAUGUGGGUUAUUCCUCCUGGCAUGGACUUCAGCAAUGUUGUUGUUCAAGAAGAUACCCCAGAGUUCGAUGGGGAACUUACAACACCAACUAGUGGUGCAGAUGGAUCUUCCCCGAAAGCAGUUCCAGCAAUAUGGUCUGAAGUUAUGAGGUUUCUUACCAAUCCUCACAAGCCAAUGAUCUUGGCCUUAUCGAGAGCUGAUCCGAAGAAGAACAUAACCACUCUGUUGAAAGCUUUUGGAGAUUGUCGUCCCUUGCGAGAACUUGCAAAUCUUACCCUUAUAAUGGGAAAUAGGGAUGAUAUAGAUGAGAUGUCUGGGGGAAAUGCUAGUGUGCUCACAACAGUACUGAAAAUGAUCGAUAAGUAUGACCUCUAUGGGCUAGUGGCUUACCCUAAGCAUCACAAGCAAGCUGAUGUUCCAGAUAUAUACCGCCUUGCAGCAAAAACAAAGGGAGUUUUCAUAAAUCCGGCAUUGGUUGAACCCUUUGGGCUUACAUUGAUUGAGGCAGCAGCUCAUGGGCUUCCAAUGGUAGCUACUAAGAAUGGCGGACCAGUUGACAUCCAUCGGGCACUAAACAAUGGCCUGCUUGUAGACCCUCAUGAUCAAGAAGCAAUUGCCAAUGCACUGCUUAAGUUGGUAUCGGAGAAAAACUUAUGGCAUGAUUGCAGGAAAAAUGGUUGGAAGAACAUACAUCUCUUCUCAUGGCCUGAGCAUUGUCGUAGUUACUUGACUAGGGUAGCAGCCUUUCGAAUGAGGCACCCACAAUGGCAAACUGAUACCCCAGAAGAUGAGGCUGCUGAAGAGUCAUCCCUUAAUGACUCGCUUAAAGAUGUACAAGAUAUCUCACUUAGGCUCUCAGUUGAUGGAGACAAGCCUUCACUUAAUGGAUCUCUCGACUAUACAGCUACAUCAACUGGUGAUCCUGAGCUGCAAGACCGAGUUAAACAUGUUCUAAGCAAGAUUAAGAAUUCAGAAUCUGAACCAAAAACAGAAUCAGGAAAGAAACAUCUUGAAAACAUGGCUAGCAAGUAUCCCACGUUGAGAAGGAGACGUAGGUUGAUAGUUAUAACACUUGAUUGCUAUGAUAGCCAUGGGUCUCCGGAUAAGAAGAUGAUUCCCACAGUGCAGAAUAUAAUUAAGGCUGUUAGAUUGGACCCCCAAAUUGCUCGAGUCUCCGGUUUUGCUAUAUCUACUGCUAUGCCUGUUUCGGAAAUAGUGGAGUUUUUGACAUCAGCAAAGAUUCAAGUGAGUGAAUUUGAUGCUUUGAUCUGUAGCAGUGGGAGUGAAGUGUAUUAUCCAGGUGUUUAUACUGAUGAAGAUGGAAAGCUAUUUCCCGAUCCAGAUUAUGCAUCACAUAUUGAGUACCGUUGGGGCUGUGAAGGUCUAAAGAAAACCAUUUGGAAGCUAAUGAAUACACCUGAAGGGGAACACAAAGCUAAAGAUUCUGUCAGUCCUAUUCAGGAAGAUGAAAAGUCUAGUAACGCCCAUUGUAUAGCGUAUUUGAUAAAGGAUCAUAGUAAGGUUAAGAGAGUAGAUGACUUGAGGCAGAAGCUUCGGAUGAGGGGCCUCCGUUGUCAUCCAAUGUAUUGCAGGAACUCAACGAGAAUGCAAAUCGUCCCUCUCCUUGCAUCUCGAGCACAAGCACUCAGGUACUUUUUUGUACGUUGGAGAUUGAGCGUUGCAAACAUGUACGUAAUUCUUGGCGAAAGUGGCGAUACUGAUCAUGAGGAGCUGAUAUCCGGGACUCAUAAGACGCUGAUCAUUAAAGGGUUAGUGGAGAAAGGUUCUGAAGAAUUGCUAAGAGCCACAGACCUAAAAGAUGACAUUGUCCCUGCUGAGAGUCCUCUGGUUACUUCCAUUAAGAGUGAAUCUUUGGCAGAGGAGAUCGUGAAUGCAUUAAGGCAAAUCUCAAAAACAACUAAUUAAAAGUUUCUUAGCUUUACUUUCGGAACAUAAGAUGGUAAAUAAAGUUGUUUCCCUUAUCUUAUAAUGUUGUAUAGAAUAGGAUGAUCCUAUUCUUCAAAGCAUUCUUAUUGUAUAAAAUUGGUUCACUGCUGUUUACUAUUUUAUAUUUCUCUGGCUUAGAUACCAAAGAACUUUCUAAAGUAAUUUUGCGGAGAUUUUUGCAGAAUGCUUCUUUACCUAACUGGUAUUGAAACCUGUCAAGAGAUGAUUAUAAUUUUGAC